AUGUCCACCACAUCAGUCCGCGCCUGGACCUACACAAAUGGCUAUCCCAACACCCUCAAGCUCUCCACUACAACCGUCCCUACAUCGCAAGCCGUGCAGAAGAACCACAUUCUCGUCAAAAUCGCAACAUGCGCCCUCAACCCCGUCGGCAUCCAAAUGAUGAAUCUGCCCAAGUGGAAUCUCCCAGUCGGCAGCUACCGUGACGAGAAAGGCACAGUCAUGGACUUCGCCAGCACCGUCGUAUCCUCAGGCUCAGACCGCUUCAAAGCAGGUGAUGAGGCCUUCGGCAUGUCUUUGAUGCCUUUCGCGCCCGGUGGUGGAGCGCUGGCGGAGAUGGCGCAUUUCAAUCUUGCGGCCACGCCGGUUGUGAAGAAGCCCGAGGGCUGGAGCGUGGAGAAGGCGGCUGCGAUUAGCUUGGUGUGGUUAACGGCCAAGGCGUGUAUCGAGGCUGUUGCGCCGUUUGUGGAGGGGACGCAGAGUAAGAGAGUUGCGAUUCUGGGUGGAAGCUCUUCGACCGGAAUCUACAGCACUAUUCUGGCGAAGAGGACGGGGUGGAAGGUUGUUGCGACGAGUUCGGCGAAGAAUAAAGAGUUUAUUUUGGAUGAUUUGAAAGUGGAUACGCAUGUGGAUUAUACCAAAGACGACGUGCGGCAAGCCGUUGGAGCUUUCAACCCGGACGCUGUAAUCGGCUGCGUAGGCGGGACGGAAUGCAUUGCACUCGCUUCGAGUAAGAGAUACAUCACUAUCGUCGGGGACAAGACGGGCCGGACAAUGAUGGGUGGACCAGCCACUUACUAUGAUUACAUGCACCCAUACUAUGCGGCCGCGCAGUGGGUCAGGUGGGCGAGGGGCUAG